AUGUCUCCAAAGAAAAGUAAAGCCGCAAAGCCAUCAAUAAAGAAAGCAGGAACGAUGGUGGCUACUACAGCUGCAGGUGAAGAAUAUUUGAAACGAUCCUGGGGUAAAGCACGAUUUAAUCGAUAUCGUGCUAUGGAUCAAGAACGAGACGCUCUAUUGGCACCGUUAACUAAACCAAAAUUAUCAAAGACACGAACAAUGCAAAAUACAACAAAUGAAGCGAAAGAAUUACUUGGCAAAGAAGUACUUGCUGAUACACGUCAAGAAACUAAACGCCGUCAAGCAGCUGAAAUCGCUAAGACAACACGAGAAAAUGCUGCGAAACAAAAAGUUGGACGUAAACCGGCUUUAAAACGACUUGGCACAAUGGCUAAAACAGCAACUGAAGGUAAAGCAUAUGUAAAACGAACCGGAAAGAAAACAACUGCUCGAAAGCGUACUGGUGGCACGGCUAAAAAUUCCGCUAAAUAA